UAUUAUCUUUUAUUUAUUCAUUUUACACAUCAUGGGUUCAGAGCUGUUAAUCCAUGUAUGAUGAGCCCUUUGUCCAUUAGGUGGAGCUGUCCAGUCAUCAUUUGGUUUAUGGUUAAAACUAAAUCACGUGGAGUAAGUGGAGCUUGGUUUAAAAAGCUCCAUUCUUCGAAGUGCACACAUUUUCCUUGCAACAGAGGAGCCACAAAGUCUUUAACAACAUUGGAUCUACAUCAAUGAAGAUGUAGAUACCAGAAAAAACUUCACCUCAAUGCUUAUGUUAUUUGGAAUUCAGAUGCAACACAAUCUCUGCGUUCUUUUACAUGUAAUUGGAAACUUCAGAAACUGAGAUUUUUCAUCUGAAAAUAUUGCUUCAGGGACCUAAUAUGACUCUGAAUAGGAUUUAAAGAAGACAGAAUGUAAUGUUGUCCUCUGGUUAAUUCCCAUAUUCACCUUCUUCAGCAACAGAAAAGUUCAACAGCUCUUACUGUCAAAUAAUCCAGUUAAUUCAGUAUUCAACUAUAUGGUUCCAUUUCCAACAGCACUCCUUUGUUUUAUUUAACAGCUUUGUCAUGCUGAAAAUCAAGGUAUUUAAGCAUGGUCAGUCUGACCUCAAACUGUCUGCGGUUGCCCCAGACAAAAAAGAUGUAGAACUGAUUCUGGUCAAAGAACAGAAUGGAGUCCAGUAUACCAGCAGCACAGUAAUAGCUCCAGAUUUAUCACCACAGUAUGAGGUCCAAGGUGAAGGACAGCAAGAACGAGAGCAAUGGGGCAAAAAGAUAGACUUUCUUCUUUCAGUAGUUGGAUUUUCAGUUGAUCUUGCCAAUGUUUGGAGGUUCCCCUUUCUCUGCUAUAAAAAUGGAGGAGGUGCAUUUCUAAUCCCAUACACACUGUUCCUUAUAAUUGCUGGAAUGCCUCUUUUCUACAUGGAAUUAGCUCUUGGACAAUACAAUAGAGAAGGCGCAGCAACAGUAUGGAAGAUAUGCCCCCUUUUCAAAGGUGUGGGCUAUACUGUGAUAUUAAUAGCUCUCUAUGUCGGAUUCUAUUACAAUGUCAUCAUCGCUUGGUCUUUGUAUUAUCUCGUAUCUUCUUUUACAUCUGAGUUGCCCUGGAUCAAGUGUGGGAAUGAAUGGAACAGUCCCAACUGCACGGACCCAAUGCUACUCAAUAUGUCCAUGAUCAGCUACAAUACUAAAUACUCUAAAUUCAAGACAACACCAGCCGCUGAGUUUUACGAGCGUGGGGUAUUGCAUCUACAUGAAAGUAAUGGAAUUCAUGACCUGGGACUCCCAAGAUGGCAACUGACUCUCUGUCUAAUUGUAGUGCUUACAGUGCUAUUUUUCAGUUUAUGGAAAGGAGUCAAAACUUCAGGAAAGGUGGUUUGGAUAACUGCAACACUCCCAUAUGUUGUGUUAUUUGUCUUACUUAUACGAGGAAUAACACUCCCUGGCUCUUUCAAAGGGAUCAGUGCCUACCUUCACAUAGAUAUCAAAAGACUUACGGAUGCUUCUGUGUGGAUAGAUGCUGCAACUCAAAUAUUCUACUCAUUAGGGGCAGGAUUUGGAGUAUUGAUUGCAUUUGCAAGCUAUAAUAAAUUUGAUAACAACUGUUACAGGGAUGCUCUUAUGACAAGUACUAUCAACUGUGUCACCAGCUUCAUUUCAGGAUUUGCUAUCUUCUCUAUACUUGGUUACAUGGCCCACAAACACAAUGUAAACAUUGAAGAUGUUGCAACUGAAGGUGCUGGAUUAGUCUUUAUAAUAUACCCAGAGGCAAUCUCUACCCUUGCAGGAUCGACAUUUUGGGCUGUGGUUUUUUUCAUCAUGUUACUAACACUAGGCAUCGAUAGUGCUAUGGGAGGCAUGGAGGCUGUUAUUACUGGGCUUGCAGAUGAUUUCAGUAUCCUGAAAAGACAUCGUAAACUGUUUACCUUACUUGUGGCUGUCAUCACAUUUCUAUUUGCUCUCUUGUGUAUAACUAAUGGAGGAAUAUAUGUGCUGACUCUACUGGAUACAUAUGCAGCUGGGACAUCUAUUUUAUUUGCUGUUUUAAUUGAAGCCAUAGGAGUAUCUUGGUUUUACGGUGUAGACAGGUUCAGUGAAGACAUUUAUAGAAUGCUUGGUUUCAGGCCUGGGCUCUACUGGAGACUCUGCUGGAAGUUUGUCAGCCCAGCAUUUCUUCUGUUUGUGAUAAUUGUGAGUAUCGUGACUUACAAACCUCUGACGUAUGAUGAAUACAAAUUUCCACCUUGGGCUAAUCGAUCUGGAUGGGCAAUAGCAUUGUCAUCUAUGACUUUGGUUCCCGUAUACAUCAUGUAUAAGUUUUUUACAAUGCGUGGAUCAUUGAGAGAGAGACUUGCAUACUGCAUCACCCCAGAGAGUGAACAUCACCUUGUUGCUGAAGGAGACAUCAGGCAAUAUAAGGUUAGUUCAUCUGUACUCUUAAAAAGGUUGAUUCUAAUAGUUAAUCACAAUGCCAGUUCUUUGUUAGUCGUGGGUCAGUCAAAUGAAAGUAGGCUUAUCUUGCUAUAGAAGUCAAUAGCUAAGCAUUUUAUAUUGCUGAUCCAAGUUCUGCAGUAGUAUAGAAAAGCCCACUAUGCACCCUCUAC